GAUGCGCCAGCUGUUCUUGGUGCCUCGCUUGUGGCGUCGGUCUCGUGUCUGCUUCUGUGCGGGUUCCCUGUGUACCCCGGCGUUGCCGAUAGAAACGUGAAGAAUGGCGUUGCGAUCACUGGAAUUGCCGUAUUCAUCGCCGCAUUUGAGAUUGGCCUUGGACCGUGCUUCUUUGUGCUUGCCCAGGAACUGUUCCCACGCUCUUUCCGUCCGAGGGGUGCGUCCUUCGUGCUCUUGACGAAUUUCAUCUUUAAUGUUAUCAUCAACAUCUGCUACCCGAUCGCGACGGAGGGCAUCUCUGGCGGCCCGUCUGGCAACCAGGACAAGGGUCAGGCAGUCGCGUUCAUCUUUUUUGGCUGCAUUGGUAUUGUCUGCUUCGUUCUGCAGGUGUUCUUCUUGUACCCGUGGGAGGAGAGCACUCCUCAGAACCACGGAGACACCAACGAAGAGUCCGCGCUUCCAGAACAGCAGUCGCCGAUUGAGGUCGCCACCCCUGGCAACCGUCAACCCGCGUGA